AUGUGGUUCAACGCAAGUCUUGACAAUGUUCAUCGCUUACACUCCAACAUCAAGCUACGAAGAAGUCGCUUUUAUAUGGAUCUAGAGAAGUUCUACAACAAAGAUCAUACUUUCUACGAGGUCAUAAUUGCUAAUUUGAACGCCAAAAUUGGCCCCAGAAGAACGCCUGAAGAACUUCACAUCGGAACCCACGGCCCACAAUGGAAUGAGCAAAAAGAGAGGCUUUCCGAGUUUAUAAUGACGACUAAGACAAUCCAUAGGAGCUCGCAAUUCCAGCUCUCCUCUCUACGCUGGACGUGGGAGUCAUCCGCUGAAGGACACCAUUCUGAAAUCGACCACAUCAUGGUCAGUAAAAGGUUUUGCCUGACGGAUCUCCCUAUUGUACCAAAAAUUCAUACGAGAUCAAACCAUCGCUUUCUUCGAGGAGGAUUUUCUUUCACACGGAAGGAAGAAAAAGCCGCGAGGUUUACAAAGCGAACUCCCAGAACCAUCAUAGACUGGGAGCUCUUCGCUCCGUUUGUCGGCUUCUGGGAAGAUACCGUCAUGGACAACAUCGACGACGAAUAUGAACGGCUUGUAGAACAUCUUGAGGACUGUACGAGGAAAGCGAAGAGUUUCGAAACAACCAAGAGGCGCAUGUCUUCGGAAACUCUAGAGCUUAGAGCGUCAGAGUGA